AUGAAGACAACCCUGCUGUUCCUUGUUGCCCUGGCUGUGGCUUCUGGGCCAGCCCAGGCUCUCCGGUGUCACGUAUGCACAAGCUCCACCAACUGUGAGAAUCCUCAGACCUGCCCAGUCAACUCAAACUUCUGCAGGACCGUGACCAAGGUGGAGCCCCUAUCUGGGAACCUGGUGAAGAAGGACUGCGCGGAGUCGUGCAUGCCCAUGAACAGCCUGCAGGGCCAAGUCAGCACGUGGUCCUCGACCACCCUGUGCUGCCAGGUCGACCUGUGCAACGAGAGUCAGCAGAGCGCUGCGCCCGCCCGCGCCCUGCUCACCAGCGCCCCCCUCGGCCUGGCGCUGGCCCUGGGCCUCCUCGCCCUCACCUGGGCCCCCGGCCUGUGA